AUGGCCUUGGGCGAGGGUGUUCGAGACGAGGCGGGCGGGCGGGUGAUGCCGGGUUGGUUGCACAACGAACAACGGGGGAUCCGCGCAUAUGGUGGUGGUGGACAAACACGGGGGUCAGGAUCGGGGGUCAAGACUUGGGGGUCAAAGGCUGGGGGGAGCUUGCGAGGCGAGGGAGGCGCCAUACCAGACAACCCGACCAGCUGGGAAGGAUGGGUGGAGAGGGUGGGCGAGGGCGUGCUCCCGGCGUUGGGCUUGCUGCGCAGCGCCGUGCCGCCGCAGAGAAGAGAGGAGCGGGCGAUAAGGCAGUGCCCUCGCGCAGCCAGAACAACGCGGAGCAGCUAG